UAUAUGCCUUCUAGGUAUAGGAUACGCGGUUGCCAAAUAAUUCCCGAGAAGGUCUAAAAUGGCUGCUCUCGUAGAAGGGCAACAAUAUGGCCUUUCCGCUCAGGACAAAAUUAAUUGUACAAAAUCAUUAAUUUUUGUUAAAUUAACGGAUUCUGCACUAAGAUCAAUUGAGGAAUGUUUCAAAAAUAAGGAUACAGCUAGGCCAACAAUUCAAUUUCAAAAUUCCACUGGGAUGAUAAGCUUGCUUCAAAAUGGGAGCAGAUUAUCUUAUGGAUUUACCUUGUCCAAUAUUGAAGCAGAUGGACCACAUGGUAGCUUCGAAUGCAUUCGACAAACUGGACAUAGAUCUAUGGAAUCUCUGGGGUGCAUGCAGGUGAAGAUGCAUAUCCAUGCAACAGAAGACAGCUAUGAAAAUACUAAAGUCAAAAUGGCAGCUGUUGAAGAACAACAGAAAAAAUCUUGUACGAAAGUAAUAAAACCUGCUGGAGCACAUUUGGGGCGGAAAGUAAAGGUGAAACGUCCAGGAUUGGUAGUAUCACCAGUAAAAUUCAGCCCUCCUACUGCCUCCAUGAUAAACAAAUCUGUUCCUUUGAAGCCUGUGAGCAACAUACCUCCACCUGCUCCACCUCCAUCUUCAUUUCCAGUGAAAAGACCUGAGCCUCCAAAGCCUAAACCUCCACCACCACCUGCACCCCAUAAAAAUCCUGAGCUAAUACGUCAACCAAUUAGGGAUAGAAUUAUUCACAUUUUAGCUGUAAGACCAUACAAAAGGCCAGAAUUAUUAAUGAGACUUAAACAUGAGGGUGUAAGAGAAAAAGACAAAAACAAAUUGACUUCAAUUUUACCUCAAAUAAGUGUUUUAAAAGGAAACAUUUAUUAUCUUGCCAAUUAUCUGUGGAAUGAAGUUCAGGACAACUGGAAAUUCUGUACACAGGAAGAGGCAGAAAUAAUACGGAAAAGAAAACAGCAAUAUCUUAAUUCUAAUUCUGAGAGUGAAACAUCGCCAUCUAAUACCCAAACGAGUACUUCUCCUUUACAAAAACGUUUUGUCAGCGAGGCUGUAACUGAACAUCCUCCUAGCAAAAAACAAAGGAUAUCUCAUUACAAAGCUGAUCAGCAGCAACCACGGUCCUCCUAUGGAGGAUCCACUUCUGAAUCUUCUCCAGGCAACUUCCCUAAGAAGAGUUUCUCACCUGGACCUGUACAGUCAAGCAUCCCAAAUGGAGUCAUACAUAAUGAGGAUUCGAAUCAUAAAUCUCCUGUGAGCAAUGGCAGUGAUUCUUAUCCAACCACACCUCCAAAAAGCUUAUCCAAUAAUGUGCUUUCUACCUCUAGUCCAACUAACCAGAGGACUCGAGAAGACAGCGAGAAAAGUAAUAGCCGGAGUCACCCGCCCAUGGCUGGCCUCCUGCGAAAACCGACCUUCCAAAAGACACACCCAGUAUCACGGAACUCGAGGCACGAUGUGGAAGAGCCCAGCCAGCAUCGUGCCUCUUCCAACCCACAUCUUCCAAAAAAUUAUGUAAAUAGUGAUAUGGGAAAAUCCCAAACUCUAAGUCAUCCACAAUCAGUGGACUCAGUCAGCAGCUCCAAGGUGUCGCCCGACUUGAAUAACCAGUAUCGUGUGGAACAGGCCAAGGAAGACAGUUGCUCAAAGACUACCACCAAUGGCUAUGUGAAUAAUAAUAGUAUUAAUAAAAGCAAUUAUAGUAAUAACCAAUCUUCCUACAAUAGAUCAAAAGUGACUUCCACAACAAAUAGAUCCUGUAGUAAUUCUCCUCACUCUAGUUGUGAUAGCCGGGACAGCAUGGACUAUAAUCAUAACAGUUUACAAGUUCCACCUCCAACUGAGUCUCCUACCUUGUGUGAUAAUUCAGAGUAUGAAAAGGAAUACAGCACCAUUGUUUCUAGUGAGCAGAGAGCUCUCUAUAAAGCUCAUUUCAAUGCUGAAUAUGAAGAGUAUUUAUGCUUGCACAAAAAAAUUAUCGAUAUAUCUAAAAAAUUUGCAUCUUUAGAACGCCAUUUAAAUGACUGUCAAGAAGGAACAGAAGAGUUUAAGAAAAUCAAAGGAAAGAUCUACAAGGAAUACAGAGCUUAUCAGCAAGAUCCCAAUUAUAUUGAAGCCCUCAAAAAGUUUAACUUUUUACACAGGAAAUUGGCCUACAUCAAAAGAUUAGUCACGGAAUAUGACAAUGCCCAGUGUGCAAAAUCCUAGCAGUUGGCAUCCAAGCAAACUUAGGACACUAUCACCUUGGAUUCGACGUAAACGAAUUUUGGGGAUAAAACAAAUUACUUCCAUGCAUAUCUGGAAAUAUUAAAGAAGCAAUUUCUUUUGUUAUGCUUUUAUGAACAGUAUUUACAUAUAAUUGUUAAAAAAUUUUUGAACCUAUUUAUUAAUUUAAAUCCUGUUAGAUUGUUUUUCUAUCCUGGCAAUUCAAUCGCUGGGUUUUGAAAGAGAAUAUUUUUUAUUGAGUUUAUAUAGAUAUGUUAUUGCAAAAAUGGUGGCAAGCUUAAAUGUUUUAUUGUAUGAAAAGGAAGACUAGUGGAUUUUGAUGAUUUUCCCCCUUUUUAUAAAGGUUAGUUUUAAAACUAUUGAAUAAUGUUAUUUAAAUUCUAUCAUCGACUGCCAAACUUUCUACUAUUGUUUGGUAUUUAAAAAAUGUUUAUUGUAACUUUAGCAUAAUAUGGUAGACUCUUUUUUUUUUUUUUUUUUUUU